ACUUCGAAUGGAUUCCGAAAAUUCAUUGUGACAUUAAAAACGUAACUUUUGCACAGUCAUUUUAAUAAAAAGGAAUAAUUUGCAUUCAUCCCAUAAAUCAUCAAUAUAAAAUAAAAUACAAUGACCGUCACUAAUCGGAUGGAAAUUGACGCUGCUCUAAAAGGCGAGGGCUUUCGUUCCUAUUACAUUCAGAAGAUAGAAGAAUUACAACUGAUUGUUGCCGAAAAGAGUCAAAAUUUGCGGCGUCUGCAAGCCCAGCGAAAUGAGUUGAACGCUAAAGUUCGUAUGUUACGCGAGGAACUUCAGCUUUUGCAAGAACAAGGGAGUUACGUAGGCGAAGUUGUUAAACCAAUGGACAAAAAGAAAGUGCUUGUAAAGGUACACCCAGAGGGAAAAUUUGUUGUGGAUAUCGACAAGAAUAUCGAUAUCAACGAUGUGACUCCCAAUUGUCGUGUAGCUCUACGAAAUGAGAGCUAUACUCUACACAAAAUAUUACCCAAUAAAGUUGAUCCCUUGGUAUCGCUUAUGAUGGUUGAAAAAGUACCUGACUCCACUUAUGAAAUGGUUGGCGGAUUGGACAAGCAAAUAAAAGAAAUCAAAGAAGUUAUUGAAUUACCGGUAAAACAUCCAGAGUUGUUUGAUGCAUUGGGCAUAGCUCAACCGAAAGGCGUUUUACUUUAUGGGCCACCUGGUACUGGAAAAACUCUACUGGCACGAGCAGUAGCUCAUCAUACAGAAUGUACUUUCAUACGUGUCUCUGGUUCGGAGUUGGUACAAAAAUUCAUUGGAGAAGGCUCGCGCAUGGUCCGUGAAUUGUUCGUAAUGGCACGUGAACAUGCUCCAUCUAUUAUUUUCAUGGAUGAAAUUGAUUCAAUCGGUUCGUCGCGAAUCGAAUCUGGUUCAGGGGGUGACUCUGAAGUCCAGCGGACAAUGUUAGAGCUGCUUAAUCAGUUGGAUGGUUUCGAGGCCACCAAAAAUAUUAAGGUCAUUAUGGCCACAAAUCGCAUUGAUAUUCUAGAUCCCGCACUUCUUCGACCUGGUCGUAUCGAUCGUAAGAUUGAAUUCCCUCCACCAAAUGAGGAAGCGCGUUUAGAUAUUUUGAAGAUCCAUUCCCGUAAAAUGAAUUUGACCAGGGGCAUAAAUUUGCGGAAAAUAGCUGAGUUAAUGCCUGGAGCAUCGGGAGCCGAAGUUAAAGGUGUAUGCACAGAAGCUGGUAUGUAUGCUUUGCGAGAACGACGAGUGCAUGUAACUCAAGAAGAUUUUGAAAUGGCCGUGGCGAAAGUAAUGCAAAAAGACUCGGAAAAGAAUAUGUCGAUUAAAAAGUUGUGGAAGUAAAGGAAACGUACAUUUUAGUUUUAGAUGUUGAAUUUUCUUAUGUGGAAAU